AGAAAAAUCCUAAGUUUUUUACUUUCAGAUUUUGGCGCCACUAUUUUAUAAAUAGAGACUCUGAGCUUAACUCUUUUAUUUUAUUUUGUGAGUAGAGAAUGAAACCGGGUGAAAGCCAUGGGUUGGACCGAACCGGAACUGUAAAUAGUAAAAAGAUAAUACUGACGUCAGUAUCGGCGAUGGUGGCGGAAACGGCGACGUUUCCGAUAGAUUUAACGAAGACGAGGCUGCAGCUUCAACAUGGUUCGAAGAAUGCGUUCCAAAUUGUUGCGGAAAUCGUUGGAAAAGAAGGGGUAAAUGGACUGUAUAAAGGGCUUUCUCCUGCUAUUAUUAGGCAUCUGUUUUAUACUCCGAUUCGAAUUGUGGGUUAUGAGAAUCUGAGGAAUUUUGUUGCUAUUAAUGAUGGGGGUGAUGGUUCAACUUUGCUUUGGAGUAAAGCUAUUGUUGGUGGGAUCUCUGGUGUUAUUGCUCAGGUAGUCGCUAGUCCUGCUGAUCUUGUUAAGGUGCGGAUGCAAGCAGAUGGGCGUAUGGUGAGCCAAGGUCAGAAACCUAGAUACUCGGGUCCUUUCGACGCGUUCAACAAGAUUGUGCAUGCAGAAGGGUUUGGUGGACUAUGGAAAGGGGUAUUCCCUAAUAUUCAAAGGGCAUUUUUAGUGAACAUGGGAGAAUUAGGGUGUUACGAUCACGCAAAAAGAUUUGUUAUUCAGAAGCAGAUAGCUUCCGAUAAUGUUUACGCUCACAGCUUGGCCUCCAUUAUGUCAGGGCUCGCCGCGACGGCUUUGAGUUGUCCAGCGGACGUAGUGAAGACAAGAAUGAUGAACCAAGAAGGCAGCAAGGUUAUGUACAAGAGCUCUUAUGAGUGUGUGGUGAAGACAGUUAGGAGUGAGGGAAUAAGGGCAUUAUGGAAAGGAUUUAUUCCUACUUGGGCAAGGCUUGGUCCCUGGCAAUUUAUGUUUUGGGUCUCUUAUGAGAAAUUCAGACAAGCUGCAGGCCUUUCUUCCUUCUGAUCAAAUUGUCUAGUCUGCAAGUUUGUUGGCCAAUUAAUUAUGGCUGCUUCAAUUUUCUAAUGCAUCAAAAUAAGAUUUUAAUAAAUCUACUAUUUGCUUCUUAUUAGGCCA